UAAUUAUUUGUCAUCCAUCGCUGCUAAAUCUCUUUUGAUUCUUCUUCUCCGCCUUCACUUCACGCCCAUAACCUAAUAUCUGCUAACCCACUUUUCUCUGUCGCCAAACACACCAUCCAUUCAUCAUGUUCAUCAUGAUUGGGGGAAACCCCAGACCCCUUCUGCUUCUUUCGCUUCUGCUUUUGGUGUUCUUUUCAUCCUCAACCCAAUCUCUUCGAUUCGAACUCCAAUCUGGCCACACCAAAUGCAUAUCCGAAGACAUCAAGAGCAAUUCCAUGACGGUCGGCAAGUACCUUAUCGUCAAUCAAAACGAGGGUCAACCUCUGCCCGAUUCCCACAGAGUCACCGUUCGGGUGACUUCGUCGUACGGGAACAACUAUCACUACGGGGAUCGCGUUCAGACGGGGCAGUUUGCGUUCGCGGCAGCGGAGGCUGGAGAUUACAUGUCUUGUUUUUGGGCUAUAGAUCACAAUCCCCCGAUAACGUUGACUGUGGAUUUUGAUUGGAAAACCGGUGUAGCAGCCAAGGAUUGGUCUAAUGUUGCUAAAAAGGGGCAAAUUGAUGUAAUGGAGCUAGAGCUAAGGAAGUUGCAAGAUUCUGUUGCUUCAAUUCAUGACGAGAUGUUUUACCUUCGUGAAAGAGAAGAAGAAAUGCAGGAACUAAACAGGGCAACCAAUAGCAGAAUGUUCUGGCUGAGUUUGCUUUCGCUCUUUGUCUGUUUAUCAGUAGCAGGGCUGCAACUAUGGCACCUGAAGACCUUCUUCGAGAAAAAGAAACUCAUUUGAAAUUUUGUGAUAGUUUUUACAUUUUUCAUAUGUGAUCUUGUAAAAUAUUCCAGCAUUAAUUUAUCCAGAGGAUACGCAUAACCGUAGUCAGUGUGAUCUAAAAAAUCACAAAUAUGUUCCUUUGUUAAACGCAUAUCAGGCUUAUGGCAAUACGACUUUCAAAGGAAAUUUUGGCGUUCUUCAA